AUGAAAAUGAAAAGAAUAACAUUUUCUGUGUUGCUGGUUUGCAUUUUACAACGCGAUCUAAACGCUUUAAAGUUGCCGGGACCUUUAGUGUACGUUGUGACGCCCUCUCCGCGACCACCUAAUAGCGAUGAAGGUAGAUCAGCACCGUUUUAUUACCAUAACUGGAUAAGAAGAAUGGAUUCGCCUAAGAACGAAAGUUCAUCGACUUCAACUACGACCGAAAAAACGAAGACUCCGGACUUAAUUUUUGCUGAGUUUGAAUCUGGCAGUAACGUGAAAUCAAUUCGUAAACUUUUAGAGAAGGAAAAAAUCGACUCGACGUCUACAGUGAAAUCGAUAUUAAGACCUAUUUAUGUGCCAGAUGAAGAAACCGACGAGGUAACUCGUGUUGUAAACUAUGGAUUACCUGUCAAGGCAGACGAGAAUAAGGACACACAACCAACGUCAAGUGAUUCGACCGACUAUUUUUCUAUGUACAAUAAUUUGUAUAAUAAUGAACCCGUUCCUGUAUACGUUCCUUCUACAACUAUUAAGACUACUACGAGUACCGCUUCUCCAACAACCACAACAACUACAUCAAACCCGAUGAAUGUAGAAAAUAUUUGGCAUAUAAUUGAUAACCAAAAAUACGAUGAAUACGCUGGAAAGUGGGAGGAAGAAGUUGUUGCAGACGAAAAUACUGAAGAUGCAAAUCAGGAUGGAAAUAUGGACAAUCAUACAGAACAAUCAGAAAAUAGCGGCAACGAAGGACAAGUACCUCUCGAUGAAAAUUUUGCUUUACCAGGAUUUACGUCAAAUCCUGGAAACGGUGCAGAAAACGAGUCUCGUGCUAUUCGUACAGAACCGAAAUUUAGAUUUCCUUAUGUGAACCUGAAACCAUUUCAAGUGAAAGACUUAAAGAAACCUUCAGGUCAUAGCAAAACCGGGAACAACAUGUUUAAUUUAAAUGAUUUUCGAGAUGUUAAGAAUCCGGUGAGAGGAGAAGCACAAGACGUGGUCCCUAUUCGUCAACCGAUAGAUCGUUAUAAUCCAGCACAACCUUACCUUCCACAACCGUAUGGUGGAAAUUCUAAACAAUCUGGUGGAUACUCAGCACCUGAGAAGGCAGUUGCAAACCUAGUUCCACCACCACCCCCUCCACCAAAACUGACAGAUAACGAUUUCCCGGCUCCUUCUAGUUAUGAGUCGUUCCCUCCUUAUGCUUCUGCCCCAGCUCCGAACCCCAGUCCUGCGCCUCCAGCAGCUUCACCGCUUCCAUCUCUACCUGUGUCAAAACCAGUUAUUACCAUGUAUCAGCCUCCAAUUAUUGAUUCAUCUGACAGCUCUGACGCGAUUUUACCACCGUCUGAUGAUAUGGGACCUCCAACUGACCUUGGAUAUCACUACCAGCAACCUCCGACGCAAUUUUUACCAACUGUUCCCCCAAUGAAGACAAAACCUUUCAACGGCUAUUCAUACAAUAAACCGUCACUUACUCUUGAUGCACCCCCAGCAUUGAGUUCGGAUGAAAAGCCUGAAUUUCAAGGAUAUGUUUACAGCAAACCUGAACCCCCUUCUAUGUCGGAUGAUCACAUGCCACACAAUCACCCACUUCAUAGUCACGUCCCUACAAACAAUGACCAUCACGACUCAGACUAUCCUGAACUCAUUUAUAAUAAGCCACAUGAUGGUAUGAGUGAUGCAAAGGGUGGAAGCGACAUAAAAGGGACUGAUAUGGCACCUCCUCCACUGCCUUACGGUCAUGGUCCAUCUAUGGAUGCUGGUGCUUCGAUUGACCAAGGUUUUCCUCACGAUUUUCCUGGAGAUUUCAAAUUUCAUCAUGAUUUUGACGAUCACGACUAUCAUCACCAUCAUCAUCCCCAUCCAACAACUACAACUACAACAGAACAACCUCGAGUAAACCGAUACAGCUAUUAUUAUUUAGGAAAGAAGUUAUACUAUCUGCCCUUGUAUUUCAGUGUCUAUUUUAUUAUAUACGUGGGUGCUCUUAUAAUCAAAGCAGUCCUUCGUCACAAGAUUGUAUACCCAAAUAGUUGGCGGCCUAAUGGUACAACUGCAUCUUUUUUCUCUAAGCGCUCUGUGGAUUCGUGGGACCUUUCCAAUGAAAACAUACAUGAAAUUACUGGAAAGGUCACGCACGCGAUCGCUUCAGCUGCAGAAAAAUAUAUGGAUAAAAAGAAAAAGUAA